GCCGGAGGGACGAUGAGCGGUGCGGCGCGGGCGGGCCCGGCCCGGCUCGCGGCGCUGGCCCUGCUGACCUGCAGCCUGUGGCCGACGCGAGCGGACAACGCGAGCCAGGAAUACUACACGGCGCUCAUCAACGUGACGGUGCAGGAGCCCGGCCGCGGCACCCCGCUCACGUUCCGCAUCGACCGCGGGCGCUACGGGCUCGACUCACCCAAGGCCGAGGUCCGCGGCCAGGUGCUGGCACCGCUGCCCAUCCACGGAGUUGCUGAUCAUCUGGGCUGUGAUCCUCAGACACGAUUCUUUGUCCCUCCUAACAUCAAACAGUGGAUUGCCUUGCUACAAAGAGGAAACUGCACCUUUAAAGAGAAAAUUUCACGGGCCGCUUUCCACAAUGCAGUUGCUGUAGUCAUCUACAAUAAUAAAUCCAAAGAGGAGCCAGUCACCAUGACUCAUCCAGGCACAGGAGAUAUUAUUGCUGUCAUGAUAACAGAAUUGAGGGGUAAGGAUAUUUUGAGUUAUCUGGAGAAAAACAUCUCCGUACAAAUGACAAUAGCUGUUGGAACUCGAAUGCCGCCAAAGAACUUCAGCCGUGGCUCUCUAGUCUUCGUGUCAAUAUCCUUUAUUGUUUUGAUGAUUAUUUCUUCAGCGUGGCUCAUAUUCUACUUCAUUCAGAAGAUCAGGUACACAAAUGCUCGCGACAGGAACCAGCGUCGUCUUGGAGAUGCAGCCAAGAAAGCCAUCAGUAAAUUAACAACUAGAACGGUGAAAAAGGGUGAUAAGGAAACAGACCCAGACUUCGAUCACUGUGCAGUCUGCAUAGAGAGCUAUAAGCAGAAUGAUGUUGUUCGGGUUCUGCCGUGCAAGCAUGUUUUCCACAAAUCCUGUGUGGAUCCCUGGCUUAGUGAACAUUGUACCUGCCCUAUGUGCAAACUUAAUAUUUUGAAAGCCCUAGGAAUUGUGCCAAAUCUGCCAUGUACUGAUAAUGUAGCGUUUGACAUGGAAAGGCUCACCAGAACCCAAGCAGUUAACCGGAGGUCAGCCCUCGGUGACCUCGCCAGCGACAGUUCCCUUGGUCUUGAGCCACUGCGAACUUCAGGGAUAUCGCCUCUUCCUCAAGAUGGGGAGCUCACUCCUCGAACGGGUGAAAUCAACAUUGCAGUAACAAGUGGCCACUUCUUUCACCGGAACUCCCUGUCGCCUCGUAGCCUGGUGUACGAAAGUGAAUUCUCCACAAUCGAACCUUCUUUGGACAUGUACGAUGAGAACAAAACCUGAUUUUUUUUUAAA